AUGGCCCAAGCGCGCAAGAAACGAGCGCGGACGGAACCGAAGAAGAAGACUCAUACGCUCGGGAGUCGCAUGCGUUCGUGGUACCCGUACUGCCCCGAAUUCCUCGACAACCUCCUUGCUCGAGACGCACUAUCGACGACCGAACCCAUUCCUUGUCUCGAGUGCCACGAUGUAUCGAAGAAGGGUCUAUACCGGUGUGAUGACUGUCACGGAGAUCGUAUGCUGUGCGCGGAAUGUAUGGUCGAUUUGCAUCAAUGGCAAUCGUUCCAUAAUGUCAAGGAGUGGAAGAACGAUCACUUCCAGCCAGUGACGCUGCAAGAGUUGGGUCUCGAGAUCCAGCUAGGGCAUCCCGACGGCACCAAUUGCUCAGCUUCUAUCCCAGCUCACAAGGAUUUCUUAGUCUUCGACACUACCGGCUAUCAUUACGUGACUCUCAUGUACUGUAAUUGCAAGGUUCCGCACGUACGAACCGCACGCGAACAACUUCUCGACAUCGGCCUUUACCCCGCCUCAGUUCGACAACCACGGACUGCAUUCACGUUCCGACUACUGGACAACUUCCAUCAGCUGACGCUUCAGGGCAAGAUCACCCUACAUGACUUUUUGCUGGCUACAAUCUGUAGCACAGACAUUGCCGGGCUGAAGGACCGCGUGUUCCGCUACCAUGAAGCAACGCUGGCGACGCGCCAAUAUUUCUAUCUUCUGCGCCUCAAGAGGGCCGGCCGCGGGCAUGUUCCCAAGGGGACUACAACGAUUCCUCUAGGAGGCCUCGCUGUUCUCUGUCCGGCGUGUCCGCAACCGCUCUGGAAUCUCCCGCCUGACUGGGAUCAAGCUCCACCAGAAGUCAAAUGGAUCUAUACACAAUUCGUGGCUCUAGAUGCAUGUUUCAAGAUGAAGAACAAGAACCGUAAAAUCGAUGAUGCUGAUAUCGGAAGCGGCGAGGGUUAUUUCGUUGAAGAGAAAGCGUAUCAGAAGCACCUUCAAACUUACGUCGAAGAACCUGAGCAAGUAGAUCCGUGCGACUCAAACUUCAACGCGAUCAAAAAUAUCAAUAGCACCAAAUCGCGAACGGACGUCAUGGCGGUGUCGGGUGCGGCUGCUGCGAAAUGCAGCAGACAUGCCCUGAUGCUACCCCACGGUGUCGCCGAUUUACAACGUGGAGAGAGAUAUGUCACCAUUGAUUAUGUCUUUUGGACGACCUUACAGCGUAUGGGUGCGCCACUUCCCGUUACAGUCAGCUACGAUAUUGCGUGUCAAUGGAAGCAAAACUUGUGGCGAAGACAUGCAAAAUUACCGGCCUCCUUCGCCUCGCUCGGUGGUAUCAAGUUGAGGUUCUUCAUCCCAAGCAUGCACAUCCGUGAUCACAAGGCGUUGUGCCGAGCCCUAUAUUACUUUCUCCUACACAGGUUCGUCGGCCUCACGCACGGGGAGACCGUAGAACAGGAAUGGGCCCAUAUUGGUGGGCUAGCAACCAGCACGGUGGAAAUGGGCCGAAGUGCCCGACGACUUACCCUCGACGAUCACUGGAAUUUCUGGAAUUUCCGCAAGAUUGUGGGUUUCGGUGAUGCAUUCCGUAAAUCCUUCGCCACUACCCUUGAGGAAGGGUUGAAGCAUCACGCGGUCCUCGAAGACUUCAGCCAGCGGUUUGACGUGGAGACGAUCAGAGGCUGGGAGCUGAUGAUCGAGCAAUGGGAAUCUGAUCCAACGAAGCCGAAUCCAUACGAGGAGAUCGAAGAAGCCGUCAACGUCAAUAAGCUCAGGCAAGAGCUUGCGAAGGAAGAGGAGGAAAGUAUUGACAUGCACAAGACAGCGCUCCACGAGAUUUCUCCCAGCGCGUUCGUGCAACAAGCGCGGAAACUAAAGCUUGUUGUUGACGACACGACCAGUAGCACAAACGAAGGGGAGAAGGCCACGUUACAGGAGAAACGCGCUACGUUUCGCCGCCGUGUCUUCGACUUUUAUGAGGUCCAAAAUGUCUAUAUGCCUGGCUCCAUCGCCAUACGAUCGGCAAAGCUCAGCGGAGAUGACGGGUCUGACGCAUCAAAGCAGGCUGAGGACCUCCCGAUCCUCCUGCCAUCAAACCUGGACGAAGCACGCCGGGAGUACGGAUGUCUUGGCGGGGUCACGGAUACCGAGAGAAGAUUCGCCGACGCGAUGAUGAGAGAUGGUCUCAUCAACGUCCGUCGCUUCCUUCGGACGUUGGGGAUGCUCCGGCGAAAGGCUAAGCAUACUGCUGGCAGCCAACGUGACGGGACGCGAUCGCGUACGCUCAUCGACGUUGUGUCACGUAGGCUCAAGCUCGCAGCGGAUUCCUAUCGUGUGGCAUACAAGUCUCUCACAAAACUCGACCCAGCCGGCACAUGGUGCUCUCGUUACAAGGAACUUCGCAAGGAGGAUCUGCGUGGUCCUUCUCGUGACGACACGAUCCCGGACGAGGAAUCAGAGCGACACCGUACCCCAUCUUGGAUUUGGACCUUGCCCAGCGACGACCGAUCGGAAGACCAUACACCGAAUGAAACAACUGACAAGAAGGGUGGUGAACUUUACCUCCGGGGCGAGUGGGCACGGCAGCGCGCACGGGUUCAUCGGCACGACGAAGAACUGAUCUUACUUCAAGAGGAAAUGCGGCGAGUGCUUGUGUUUCUAUGCAAUAAGUCUCAAUGGUGGGAGAAACAGUGGCUUCACCGAUUGAACUCCGAAGAUCAGCCUCUACUUGCGAGCUCGCGGAUUGCUCGGGGCCUCAAGGCGUAUGGAUUGCAACAAGCACGAAUGUAUCAGGACCUUGCAAAGUCGUUUGCCGGCCGAUGGAUCCCCCUCCUCAAGCACUACGGCAUCAGCAAGGAUUGGAUACAGGAAUACGAGGAAAUAGUGCCCCCCGAAGCAGACAAAGUCUUCACGAAGUGGUUGCGUGAACGAAAAUCCCGGCAGGAGAAGGCGGCGGCUAAACUGGCUCAGAAACGCGCGGUCAACGCGGAGAGUUCGGACGAUGAUGGCGACGACGAAUUAGACGAAGACGAGUUAGAACAGAACGAUGUAGUAGACGGAGACUUGUCCAUCAGCACAUCAUAA